CUGUUUUUCAUUUCUUGCAUGCUUCAACAUAAAAUAAGUACUCUGUUGAAUAGUGGGAUAUUCUGGAAUUAGGUACAUGCUUUCAUCUAUAUAUAUAUAAUAGUUGGCUGAAAUCUUGACAACCUCUCUUCCAUCAGCUUAUGCUUCUGCGCUACUUGGUUCCUGUAAUGGCAUUCAUAGUCACAGUUAAGCACCAGCUUUUCGCUUUAUCUCUGAUCAUCGUCUUUGUUUUCAAUGGGAAAUUAGGAAAUUCGGUUUUUGAAGUUAUCCCUUCAAAUGGUGGUCAAUCUGGUAGUCAAAGUGGUGGUCAAAGUGGUAGUCAAAGUGGUUUUGGUGCUCAAUCUGGGAGUCAAACUGGUCAAUUUGGUGGUGCUCAAUCUGGUGGUCAAACUGGUCAAUUUGGUGGUCAAAUUGGUGGUCAAGCUGGUGGUUCAGUUGAGGAUCCAACUCCAAUAAUUGCCAAAGCCUUGCUCUGUUUCGACGACAACUAUGUUUACAGCAGUUGUCAAGAAAGUUACAGACUUACCGAGAGCGGAGAGCUCCAUGUGCCACACGAGGACACCAAUCAAUUCUGCGAGGGUCCGUGCUUGACAGAGACGCACCUCGUCCUCAAUUGUAUCGGAAGUAUAAUGACACACUUUGAAUUCUAUAACAAGGCCACAUUACAGGAUGUGAGUGAUACAGUUAAAGAUGGUUGUGGCUAUGGUAAUCAAAGAGGGAAUUUUAACGUAGCAGAGCACGUCCAAGAGGAAAACAGCGGCGGGGACAAGAUUACCAUGCGGAUGGUUGCUGCUGGGUUUGUGCUGAUGAUUUUAGUCCAAGGUUUACUGUUUUGAUGGUAUCAUUGCAAUGGAGAUUACAACGUUGUCUAGCGUUGGUGUGAGUUGGUGUGAAAAAAAUGGAUUAAAGAGUGACUAUUGUAUGGUAAUGCUUAUUGUAGUAGUUUUUUUUUGUGGCAUUUGCUGCAUAAGAUAACAAUUGCUGUACACUUUUGCUUCAUUGUAGAAGUUUCUUCUUCUA